CCGCGCUAAUGUCCGCAUGAAGACACCACAGAAAGCGCAGCGGUUGCCCUUGCAGUCCGCUCACAUCCUCCAGGUUCUCGGUGGGCGGCUGCGCUCUACGGCACCUGAAGCCAUCUCAGCCCCUCACACGCCUGUCCCCAGCCGCCUAUAUAUAGAGGGAACAGGUCACGUGGGCUCGUGGCGUCACUGGCCGGUGGAGUUUACAGAACUCUAGUAGUUCGGCGCGCGCUUUCUUGAAAACUGGCAGACAUGGCAGAAAGUGAAACUAGCCGCGAAGAAAGCGCGAGCCUUGACGGGGUGGACGGCCCUGCUCUCUACUUGUGCAAGGGCUGUAGGAUGCCGCUGGCUGAGUCCGAGGACCUCUCGUCGCGAUUAGAAGGCGAUACAGCCGUCCUGCUGAAAGCUGUUACAGAACAUGUGUGGAUUGACGAGAACAAAGCAGUUUCCACCUAUGACGUGGACCUUUACAGCACUGUGCAGGUUCUGCACUGUAAAGGCUGUUCCGCAGUUGUUGGAGCAUUGUAUGUAGCUACACCAGUACUCCUAGACUUCAAGCGGGACUUGUUCCAGUUAAAUACAAAUGCUGUUACUUGUUAUUGCCUUAAUAACCCUCAAAAACAAAGACUGGUUCCAGUGUCCGGGGAACUGACAACUGUUCCCUAUAUGGAGACACAACUGAAGAAGUGCAGAACUGUUUAUGGCUUCUGUGAGCAAGCAGUAACAGAAAUAGAAAAGAUACUUACUUCUAGAAGACUGUAGUAAUGCUUGUCUGCCUGUCUUUGUCCCUGAUGAAAAUGUGGCGUUUUUAGGCAAAUCACAGCACAGAACUUUAUCAUCUAUGAAAACCAGCUAUGAAAACCAGUUCUUGAUGGAUCUCUUGUAUCUGUAUUAAUUUUAUUUUUUGUUUUAAUUUUUUUGUUUGGGUUCAAAUAUUACAUGUAUAUAAUAAAAAAAAACUGACUUUAAACAGAAUGGUGCAAAAGGAUGCCUAUAGAAGUGAGCAUUUCCAUUUGUCAUCUUGCAAAAAGGAUCCUGACUGAUAUUAAAGGGAUUUUCUGAGAUUUUAACCCAGGUCCCAGGUGUCGGACUUUCACCGAUCAGAUACUGUCUACCUAUCUGUGGUCCGUUAAAAAAAUAAAAAAUACAUUUGGGAAGCCCCUUUAAUAAUCAGACAAAUUAACGAUUAAAGGGAUUUUCCAGAAUUACUUUGGUUUUUAGCAGACGUGCUCAUGUAGUUGCUUACCUCAUGUACAUCUUCCUUUUUUCAUUUUGGACUCUCCUGACCAGUUUUUACCUUGUAACCCAAUCCCUCUGGUUUCUUUACAACUAGUAAGUAGCACUUCCUGUUGCUGCAUCCAGCCAAUCCCAUGAUGCACUUCUCCUUCUGUCACCGCUCCAGUACUGCCCCUAACAACGUCCAGCUAGUUACAUAGACACUCCUCUAUCACUGCCUUUGUUGCUGCUUUUACACACAUGGACUUAACAUUACAGGAAAUAAGAGCUGCAUGGACACGGUCAUGUUGUAAGAUAUUCAAUUUGUGUAAAUAAUGAAAUUAGCCUUAUAUGGCAUUAUUUUUAUAUAAAA